AUGGCCAUCUUCUCAUCCUCUUGGCUGAAAUUACCGAGCAAUGUGAACAAACCCACACCACCACCUCGUUCGUAUAGAAGCCUUUCUUGCUCAUCCGUCAAAGACAUCCUAGACCUCUGCAAAUCUGAACCCGAAACAGAGGUCCUCAGCCCCAGGAGUGCCUCCAUUUUGAACCGUAUCAAGAUGUCCACCACGGUCCUCCUGCGUCUUUGGACCCGCAGUGUUGCGGGCCAAAGUGGCUGCAAAGUGCCACACGGAGACCAUCGUGUAGUUAUCUACUACACAAGUCUCCGCGUGGUGCGGAGGACAUUUGAGGAUUGCAGUGUGGUGAGAUCAAUCAUCGGAGGGUUUCGGGUCCCCAUUGACGAGAGAGAUCUGUCAAUGGACUUCAAGUAUGUGCAGGAGCUGGAGAAGAUCACUGGGAGCAAGGACUUGAACUUGCCAAUGGUGUUCAUCAACGGGGACUAUGUUGGUGGCGUUGAGGAGGUGAGGCAGCUCCAUGAGAGCGGCGAGUUGAAGACAAUGCUCGAAAGGCUCCCGGUGGUGGAAUCCAAAACUUGUGAUGUGUGUGGAGGGCUUAGAUUUAUUCUCUGCCAGACUUGCGACGGAAGCCACAAACUGUAUAGACAGAAAGAAGGGUUUUGCCCUUGUAUGGACUGCAACAUGAAUGGCCUGAUUACCUGCCCUUCAUGUUCAACUGUGGGAUAG